GUGGACGUCUCCGGCGCCCAAUUGUAUAGUAGCCCGCGCGCUCUAGCGAGAAGCUAGCGCGCCAUCGCCGCCGGCGUCGUGUCAUGGAAAUGGUAGAGUGCUCCCUCGUUGCUACACUUGCUCCGCGCCCGCUGCCCGGACAGGUUCGGAAGGCCUUGCCCCGGCCGGCGGCUUUUGGGGCGAGAGCGAGACUCCGGGUGCGGUCCGUGGGCCGAGAGGAGCCUCUGCAUCCGCAGCAGACGGCAGUCCGGGCUUCCGGACCGGAUCACGGAGGCCGGGCGCUGGGGCAGGCUGCGGUGGGGUUCGCCGCCGCUGCCGUUGUGUCACUAACCGGGUUCUCCGGGGAUGUGUCCCCGCUGCCGACGCCGCCUGCCCGGGCCGAGUCGCUCACCGUCGCGUUCCCCGUCUCCAAGGCGCGCGAAGUGAACAGAGUGCAGAGGACGCUGGUGGAGACGUGGGGGCUGAUCCGUGAGACCUUUGUUGAUCCCACCUUCAACCACCAAGAUUGGGAUCAGAAACUACAGCAAACCAUGGUAGAGAUAUUUCCACUGAAAUCAGCGGAUGCUGCCUACAGUAAGAUUAGUGGGAUGCUGUCCACACUCGGCGACCCAUUUACAAGGAUCAUCAGCCCCAAGGAGUACCAGAGUUUUAGGAUAGGAAGUGAUGGGAAUGUGCAAGGGGUCGGGGUGUUUAUAAACAAGGAGCCAAGCUCUGGACGAUUGCUUGUUAUGGACUGCAUUCAGGGAGGCCCAGCAGAUCGAGCAGGCAUACAUGAAGGCGAUGAGCUAGUCGAGAUAGACGGCAAAAGUGUUUCUGGUUUGGAUGGAGAGGCUGCAGCUCAGAGGCUUAGAGGCCGUGUAGGAACAACAGUGAAAGUGAAGUUGUUAGAUGGAACUGACGAUGAAAGGGGUGGGGGUUUAAGACAAAAGGAGGUCCAGCUGUCUCGUGAAAUUAUCAACCUUUCACCUCUGUCAACUGCAAUUAUCUCUCAUAGAACAGACGAUGGCCAUGAGUGCAAGACUGGCUAUGUUAGAUUAGCUUCCUUUUAUCAGACUGCAGCAGCUGAAAUGGAAAAUGCCGUAAAAAGGAUGGAGGAUAUCGGUGUCCAGUCUUAUAUUCUAGAUCUGCGGAAUAACCCAGGAGGUUUAGUAAAAGCUGGUCUUGAUGUGGCUCAAAUUUGGUUGGAUGGAGAUGAAACCCUUGUCAACACUAUUGAUCGUGAAGGGAAUGUGCUACCAAUAAAUAUGAUCCAAGGGCAUUCAUUAACGCAUGAUCCCCUUGUUGUGCUUGUCAAUGAAGGAAGCGCAAGUGCAAGUGAAAUCUUGGCAGGGGCAUUACAUGACAAUGGACGAGCUAUUCUGGUUGGCCAUAGAACCUUUGGUAAAGGAAAAAUUCAGAGUGUGACUGAGCUGGACGACGGAUCUGCUCUGUUUAUCACAGUUGCAAAGUAUCUAUCUCCAGCGCUGCAUGAAAUCGAUCAAGUAGGAAUCCAACCUGACAUACAAUGCAGCCCUGACAUCCUUUCUUUGCCAAGAGCGCCUUCGCUAAGAGAAAACAGCAACGCCACAAAUUUGGAGAUGGAUUCGUGUAUCAUGGUAGCAGAACAAGCGUUGGAAAUUCAGCAAAGCAAGGGUUCCGCUUCUUAGAUGCACUAUGGGCUCUGUACAUUAUUUGCAUUCUACAGUAGAUUGGAUAGCUUACCUUAGAGACUUAUAAAGUUCUGUAGCGGUAUAUAGAGAGAGGCUGAUCCUCACAUGUUUCAUUUUAGGCAUUAUCUAUUCGGUGAUUCAUGGGAAUGUAUAUAAGUUGACCUUGUCAUAUAUCUGUGUCGGGUUCAUUCUUGACUAUCCAUACUCAGAAAUAUAACGUGCAAUUUUUUUG